AUGGACGCCCUGGGCGACACCUUCCUGGGCCUGGGCGACGGCCCGGGCUCCUCCUCCAGCGCCGGCCUGCUGUCCUCCUGGGACUGGAAAGCCGGGCCGGGGCCCUUGGAGCUGAACCAGGCCUCGCCUCCGCCGAGCCUGUCCCCCACGCCGUCGCUCGAGUCCUACUCGACUUCCCCCUGCCCCCUUGUGACUGGCCUGCCCUGUGGGCACCGAGGGGCCGGCGACCGGGGCAGCGAAGGCUGCAGUGACCACGGGCCGGGGGGCCUGGUGGAGGUGGAUUACAACGUGUUGGCUUUCCAGCCCGCCUAUCUGCAGGGCGCCGGCGGCCCCAAGGCCCAGAAGGGCACCAAGGUCAGGAUGUCUGUCCAGCGGCGACGGAAGGCCAGCGAGAGGGAGAAGCUGCGCAUGAGGACCUUGGCGGACGCCCUGCACACGCUGCGGAAUUACCUGCCGCCCAUCUACAGCCAGAGGGGCCAGCCGCUCACCAAGAUCCAGACGCUGAAGUACACCAUCAAGUACAUCCGGGAGCUCACAGACCUGCUGGACAGCGCGCGCGAGCCCCGGGCGCAGAGCGCCUGA